CUCUCCGGCAACCGGCUGCGCGCGCUGCCCGGCGGGCUCGUGCCGCCCGCCGCCGCCCAGCCCUUCCCGCUGCUCAGCCGCCUCGAGGCGGCCGACAACGAGGUGGCCGAGCUGGGCGCCGCCAUCGCCGCGCUGCCCGCCCUCAAGAGCCUGGACCUCUCCAACAACCAGCUCACGGAGCUGCCGGCCGAGCUGGCCGAGUGCCCCCGGCUGAAGGAGAUCAACUUCAGGGGCAACAGGCUGAGGGACAAGCGCCUGGAGAAGAUGGUCAACGGGUGCCAGGCCAAGGCCAUCCUGGAGUACCUGCGGGCGGGCGGCCGCGGGAAGGGCAAGGCCGAGAGCGCGCGGGAGGACGCCAGGAGAAAGAAGAGAGAGAAGCGCCAGAAGAAGGAGGGCGGCGACGGGGAGCAGGACGAGCUGGAAGACGUCAGCCGGCUCCUGGUCAGGGUGCUGCACGUGUCCGAGAACCCUGCGCCCGUGACGGUCAGAGUGAGCCCGGCCACCAGGGACGUGCGGCCCUUCAUCGUGUGCUGCGCGCUCCGAGGAGUCACCCUGGAGCCCGGCAACGCUCUCAAGAGGUUCCUGGCUGCCCAGACCAAACUGCACGAAGACAUCUGUGAAAAGCGAACAGCGGCCACCAUUGCCACCCAUGACUUGCAGCUGAUCAGAGGUCCUCUGACGUACAGUGUCCAGCCUCCCGAUGAAUUGAAGAUAACGCCCCUGGGUCGGAAGGAGAUCAAGGCAAAGGAUCUUGUCCGUCAGCUGCAGUUAGAAGCUGAGGAGCAGCGGAAACAGAAGAAGCGCCAAAAUAUCUCUGGAUUGCACAAGUAUCUUCAGUUACUGGAUGGCAAAGAUAACUACCCGUGUCUUGUGGAUGCUGAAGGCGUUGUUAUUUCCUUCCCGCCAAUAACCAAUAGUGAAAAAACAAAGAUUAAAAAAAGCACGUGUGAUCUGUUUCUAGAAGUGACAAGUGAUGCCAGUUUACAGAUAUGCAAAGAUGUCAUGGAUGCACUAAUUCUGAAAAUAGCAGAACUAAACAGAUUCACCUUGGAAAACAGGGAAGACAACUCCGCCUCAGAUAAUGAAUCUGAUGCUCUUUGUGGGCCAGUGAAUUUGAAUCCCGAGCAAAAUGUGCAGCAGACCAAUUCUCCGUUGGUAGUAGAGCAGGUUCGAGUGGUGGACACAGAUGGAAACUUGAAAGUGGUUUAUCCUUCAAAAACUGACCUAGCCACAGUUUCUUCUCUUCUGACUGUACUGCGUUAGCAGCUGUUGACCUAAGAGAAGGAUUCGGUUUUCAUCUUCUUCAUGUUCAAGAAUGCAACUUGUACACAGUGAGAUUGUUACUUUCUUUUUCUUUAAGAAAAAUGCAGUGUGUCAUGCCUUGGUAUGUAAAACUUUCAAAUUUGAUCGAACUAUGCGAAGGAAUAUUACAUUCUUUCAGCCUUAAUAAAAAUUUACCACUGGUAAUUACCUC